UUUCCUAAUCGAAACCGAGGAAAUAAACCUUCCCGACCUAACCUGCGAUACCUUGAGAUCCAUAUCGCGGGAGAUUGGGAGUGGUAGGCGAUUACAGUGGAGCCUCGGCGAAUAGCAGAUACGAGAGGAUUGGGGGAAUUACUUUGUCGGAUGUAGGAAGAGAUCAUAGAAGUCGAGUAAAGUGAAAGAUAAUGAUGAUGAUUAGCAGCAACAGAAUUAGCAAUAAGGAUGAAGAAGCUGAUGAUGACAAACAGAGGGAGUGGUCGGAUCUGUGUGAGGACCUCUUGUCUUCCAUACUCUCACGGUUAGCCAUUGGAGACUAUCUUACUUUCAAGUCGGUAUGUAAAUCAUGGAAAGCAGCAACUCUGCAUCCUCUUCCGUCAUCACUGUCAUUACUUGAUCACUGCCCGCAUGAUAAGGACUCAUACCAUGACCCAUAUCUCAUGUACUUCACCAGCAAAACCGGCUUCUUCAACUUCCAUGAUCCAACACGUAAUGCCACUUAUUCACUUAGCAUUCC